AUGCCGCGCAACAUCCUCUCCAUCCCGCCUAAGCGCACCCCUUCCAUCUCAGGCGCACUCACCUCUGCCAUUCGCACCUACAUCUCGGACAACUACACCGACACCCACCCGGACGCCUUCACCAAUGACAUUCGCGCCUUUGUCCAGCUUCGCGAUCAGGUCUCCUCGCUCGAGAUCCACGUCUCUGCCAUCGAUCCGCUGCUGCGUUAUCACGCCCAGCUCGUGUUCUUCUCCACCAAGUUUCCCGCCAACAUCAACCUCUCCUUCCCGUGGUCGCUCAGCUUUCCGCCAUCCCUCCCGUCAUGGACGAGCACGAUCUCGGGGGCCAUGGAGGCAACCAAGUCCGCCGAAGCGGGUCCAGCAUCCGGCAUCGCGUACGCGACAAGCGACACGGUAGCGCACCCCGAUCUCGCGUUCGAACGUGCCAAUCUCCUCUUCAGCCUCGCAGCGCUCUACUCAUCCCUCGGAUGCGCAGAAUCGCGCUCGGAGAAGGAGAGCAUCAAACGCGCCACCGCCUGGUUCCAGAACGCAGCAGGCAUCCUCCAACAUAUUCUCGACACGCUCGUCGAACCGACACGGCACCUCUCGCCCGCUUCUUCCGAUCUCAACCCGCGUCUGCUCGCUUGCUUGAGGGACCUGAUGCUCGCCCAAGCGCAAGAGUGUUUCUGGCAAAAAGCCGUCAUGGACCGCAUGAAGGAUGGGACCAUCGCCAAGCUUGCUCAGAAAGUGUCCGAGUACUAUGCUACCGCAACGCAGGCCGUCACUGAGGGCCCCGGGGAGGAUGGCAAGGUAGACGCGGCGGAUACGGCCAAGCUGACGCUCCCAAGUGGGUGGGAGAACCACCUCACCGUCAAACGGGGGCACUUUGCUGCCGCCGCACAAUACCGCAAAGCGUGCGACGACCUCGGCGCCAAUCGAUACGGUGACGAACUGGGCCGACUGCAGUUGGCGGAGACGCACGUGAAGAAGGCGCUCGAUUCGGCGAAACGCGGCGUCAGCGAGGCUAUCACUUCGGACCUCAAGAGUCUGCAGGGGAUCCUGCAGAGCAACAUCACGCGCGCCACACGGGAUAACGAUCUGAUCUACCUCGAGGCCGUGACGCCGGCGACGCAGCUGGCGGCCAUUCAAGCGGCGGCGAUGGUGAAGGCGGUGGUGCCCGUGGAGGUUUUGCAGCCGAUUGCGCAUCUGAGAGAUUCGCCAGCACCGGCAUUUGGCAAACCGCUGUUCGGCGAGCUCGUGCCGUAUGGUGUGCAUCUGGCGAUCAGCAUCUAUGACGAUCGGAAGGACUCGUUCGUGCGGGACACGCUGGGGGCGAGGAGGGACGAACUGGACGCGAUCGCUACGAGCACCCUCCAAAGCCUCAAUCUGCCAGGGUCGCUGCAGGCGUUGGAACAACCGAUGGGUCUGCCGCCGUCGCUGCUGCGCAAGCACGAGGAGUUGGUGGCUGAAGGCGGACUAGAGCGACUCCAGCGUAUCGCGGCGGACGUCUCCCGCAUUGCCGCUACGGACCGCGCGACGCUCUCGGAGGCGCUGGCGCUGCUCGAGCACGAGGAGCGGGAAGACGAGUCCGUGCGCACCUCUUUCUCUGCGCAAUCCUGGGGUCGGCAGAGUAGCGCGGAAGUCAAUGUCGAUCUCAAGGCCCAAGCCGCAGAGUACCAUUCGACGCUUCAAAAGGCAGUGGCAUCGGACGAGAUCGUGCGACGCAAGCUGGAGGACUGGGAGGACCUGAUUGGUGUGCUUGGUGGGAACGUGCAGGGAUUGGAAGCCUUCGUGCCGUCGUCCAACCCGAGUCUCUCCUCGCAGUCGGACGCGCAGGUGGCAGCGGUGCGAUCGCUCCGCGAGGCGCUGGAGGGACUGGAUGACCUGCUCGACUCGCGCUCGGCCUGCAUCACCGAAGCCAAAUCCCUCGCUUCCAACGACGACAUUCGCCCCCUCGUCCUGCGCGAGGCAGCCACACUCUCCACCUCGGGCGAAGAAGUGGCCGCAGCGCAAUUCGAAGAGCUCUUCGACCGGUCUCUCACCAAAUACUCCCGCUUCGCCACCGACCUCGACGCCUCUGCUACCGCCCAGGAGGCCCUUCUCUCGCAAAUCACGCAGAGAAACACCGCCUUCAUCGACGCCCGCAAGAGCGAUGCGACGAUCCAACGCCGCGAACGCGCACUGCAGAGUUUAGAGGCGGCCUACGUCAAGUACCGCGAGCUGUCGAGCAAUCUGGUGGAAGGGUUGGAGUUUUACAAUGGUCUAGCGAGGAUUUUGAGCGGAUACAGGGAUGGGGUCAAGGAAUGGGCUAGGGCCAGACAGGUCGAUUUGCACUGGCUGAUCCAUCAGAUGGGACGGGUGAGCGUUCAGGAGCCCCAGCAGCCGGUGGAACACCAGCAACACGCGGAGCAUCGCCAGGAGAGUCGACAGGACCAACGACUGGUGCAGGAGGAGGUGCAGCAGUCGCCCGCGAGACAGACCAGGAGUCGGACACGCUUGUCUCAGCAGCAGACGCAGCAGGAACAGGCGAGCCAGCCACAGCAACCCCCGCCACCGCAGUGGGGAGCCCUGCCGCCGGGAGCCAAGAUUCAGUUCGGCGAUUGA